AUGAGCCUAUAUCAGUAUCUGGGCAAGUCUGGCCUCAAAGUUUCAAGAGUUAUUCUUGGAGCAAUGAGCUAUGGGGCACCAGAAUGGCAAGGUUGGGUUCUAGACGAAGAAGAUUCACUUCCUCUACUCGAAUAUGCAUACAACGCCGGAAUCCGCACUUGGGACUCUGCAGAUCUCUAUUCUCACGGACAGUCUGAACACGUUAUUGGUGAAGCUAUCAAGAAGUACAACAUUCCUCGAGAAAACCUCGUCAUCCUCACAAAGAUCUACUUCGGUGUUACGACAAACUGUCCAUUAAACCAGCCAGGCAUGACCGCUCAGAACGAUGGCGAUCUUCUCAACCAAGUCGGCUUAAGUCGUAAACAUAUUCUCGAUGCCGUCGAUAAGAAUAUUGCAAGACUUGGAACCUAUAUCGAUGUGUUACAGAUCCAUCGCAUGGAUCGUUCGAUACCACCAGAGGAGAUCAUGCGAGCUUUAAAUGAUGUUGUUGAAUCUGGAAAAGCACGAUACAUCGGAGCGUCCAGUAUGGCAGCAUGGGAAUUUCAACAGCUACAAAAUAUUGCUGAUCGCCAUGGCUGGCAUAAGUUCAUCUCUAUGCAAAACUACUUCAACUUGAUCUACAGAGAAGAAGAACACGAAAUGAUUCCGUACUGCAACUACACUGGUAUCGGCUUGAUUCCCUGGUCGCCUGUUGCACGUGGCCCCUUGACCCGCCCAUGGGGUACUCGAAACACUCUUCGAGAAGAGAAGGAUGCUCUUCUCCACAUGAUAGUUCGGUCAAGAGAUGAUAAGAUCGAUGAAGAAAUUAUCAAUCGUGUUGAGGAGGUUUCAAAGAAGCUCGGAAAACAUAUGGCUCAAGUAGCGAUCGCUUGGAUUCUGAGCAAGAACAUGUGUCCCAUCGUUGGCCUGAACAAGAAAGAGAGGAUUGAUGAGGCUAUUGAAGCGACCAAGAUCAAGCUGACCGAGGAGGAUCUCAAUUACCUCGAGGAACCGUAUUUGCCCAAGACGCGACUGGAACUAUGA